AUGUUUGAAUUGUUCUCAAAACUACUAGUUACCACUGAAAGAAAUGAUGUGAAGGAAAAUGAAGAAAGCAUACCACUGCACCGGAAAAGCAACUACAGGACAACUUUGCUAGGAAUAACGAUGGGAUUACUGUCAGGUGCAAGUCUAGCUAUCUCUGAUAUAUUCGCUCUUUUAUGUGUCAAGAUUGGUUAUUCACCAUCACAGGUUUUACUUGUCAAAUCAUUGAUGAUGAUGGCAAUAACUAUCCCGUUGCUCGUCUACAAGAAAAUUAAUAUUCUGAAACUCAAACGGAAAGACACUAUUUUGAGCAUUGUGAAAAGUAUUAGUGAGAAUGGAGCAGACCUAGCCUUCUACUACGCAAUGAAUGGGAUUGGAAUGGGAGAUUCAACCUCAAUAGCAGCAGGAACAUUACCACUUUUUUCACCUGUGUUUGCCUGCAUAUUCAUACAAGAGAAGUGUAAACCCCGCGACUGCAUUGGUGUUGUCAUAAAUGUUGCUGGUAUCAUAUUAAUAUCGAGACCUGAAUUCAUAUUUGGCAGUAACACAUAUUCGCCUUUCCUCGGGUAUGUGUACGCCCUUUUAGCAGGAAUAUGGCUGUCUAUUGGCACAGUUUGUUCCAGAGCAAUGUCUGAUGAUCUUUCUCUAAUAGUUGUAAUUUUCUAUAAUGGGUUAUGUGGUGUUAUAAUUAUGUUGAUAUUAGUGUACCCUACAAGUAAUGAUCGGAUAUAUACAUUGAUACCUGAAUACACUAUCACGAUUGCUUAUCUAGUAGGAAUGGUAGCAUCGUUUGGUGCUUACUUACACUCUUUUAACAGAUCCCUACAGUUGCAGAGUGCUGGUAAAACCACAAUCCUAGUAAACAUCGCUAUUGUUGUCAGCUUUAUAGCUGAUAUAAUUGUAUUUGAUAAACAGGUGGUUAAUUUAGAAAUAAUCGGAGCUACUCUUGUAAUUCUUAGUUCUAUUAUUGUAUUUGUAUUUACGUGCUUUGAAACCAAAGACAAAAUAGACGAAGAAACAAAACUUGUCCGGCAACCCAAAUAA